CAGGCAUUCACGCAGGCAGGCUGCUGCUGCUUGCUGGUGCUGCUGUGAUGAUGGCCGUGCGCGUGCAUGUGCGCUGUGCACCGUGUUUGGGCUGCACCGAUGAAGACAAGGAAGGACACGGCCCGUGCCCACCACCCUUCCCCCCUUCAUGUCCUCUUUCAGCUCCAUCAGCGAUGACGAUGGUGGCCGUGGCAUGUGAUUGCGCUUCCCUUUUUCUGGCUUUGCUGUGGCACAUUGACUGGCUGGCUGGCUGGCUGCAUCAAGCACAGACUGCAGCAGGCAACACACGGCGGUGAUGCUGGAUUGGAUUGGCUGGUGUUGACUGGCCAUCGUGUCGUGUCACCCAUUUUUCUCCCUCCCCUUGCUCAUCUCAACCGGGGACACACACAGCGAUGUGUGUGCAUGUGUGCGUGUGUGCAUGUGUGUGCAUCGCCAUCAAUCACGCCGACAGCGACACGAUGCACGAGAUGUGCGUGCGCGUGUGCGCAUUUGCCAGGCAGAUGCGUUGAUCGACGACGAGAGAGAGGAACCCAUCCACGUCCAACACCCAUGCCCACAUCCACGCAUGACACGCCAUGGCGAGCUGUGCCACCUCAACCAACUCAACCCAACCCAGGCCAAGCCAAGGAAGAGGGGAAGCAAGGACAGAAGACGUUGGGCUCCCAACAGAUGUGUGUGCGUGUGUGUUGAAGGACGGUGUUCUCCGUUCCCCCUCCAUCACCUCGCUUCGUUCUUCCAUGGCGAUCUGGCUGGGCGGCUGUUGCCCCCCUCCCCUUGUUUGUUUUCUCUUCCAGCCUUUUGUGGCUGUUGGUUGUCUGUUGUGACUGUGAGAAGGAGGAGGAGGGAGAGGAAGCGAAGAAGAGAGAAGAGGAGAGAGAGGAGAGGGUGCGCAUGCUGUCCACAACUGUGUGUGUGUGUGUUUGGUUGUUUCUUCUUUUCCAUCCCCCUUUCCAUCUCCCCUUCUCUUCUUCCCUCCUCAGCCUGCAAGGCCUGUGAACCUGCGUUGCAUUCACACACACAGUGCUGUUCCCCCUUCUCCUUCUUCUUGUCUCAUUGAAACCAACCAACCAAC